GGUCUGUCGUCCCGGACCUUGGCUCCGUGAGGGGCGGACCGGGCGUGUCUCCCAGGCCCCCCGGGAAGGACGGUGAGGAGAGCAGGACCCACAUCCGCGUCUUUGUGGAGCCCGACGCUCGUCACCCGUCCUCAGUAACGGGGUGCCCGGCGAGCGCCCGCCGGGACACCGGCCUCUGUCUCUGAAGUCCUGCCGCGACGCCGUGACCUCGUGCUCAUUUCACACCGAAUAAACAGGCUCGGAGUGCGACAGUCACUCCGUCCAGGACGGCGAAGGGGUGGCGGGCGGCCGAGCCCUCCGGACCCGCCUCCGUCGCCGCCCGCCCGCGCCGCUCGCUCCGCAGGGUCCCGUGAUGGGGGCGGCUUGGAUGGACCCGGCGCAGAUACCUGUGACCUUCGAGGAUGUGGCUGUGACCUUUACCUGGGAGGAGUGGAGGCAGCUGGACCUCACCCAGAGGACCCUGUACAAAGAGGUGAUACUGGAGAUCUGCAGGCUUCUGAUGUCUCUGGUGACAGCCCAAAACCCAAGACCACAGAACCUCCACUCUCUUACCUGGCCUUGUCUGAGGAAGCCUCACCCCAGGAACGACUAACUCAGCAAGUCCCAGGGGACUCCCCAUUGGGGGAAAACAAGGAUUUGGAUGGGCUGCUGGAAAUGCAGGAAGGCCACCCCAGACCCGGGAUAGACCCCCAGAGGCAGAAGCUCUCUGGGAAUGUGAUCCCUGAACAUGGUGGUUUAGGGACAGAUGGUCUGUACUCAAGGACUGUGUAGCAGCAAGUCUCUCCAGAUGUUCUUUGUGAAUGUGACUCACAGGGGCCAGUGAAAGAUCCCUUGAUCUGUAAAGGGAAACAUCUCUGUAAGUGUGAGGAAUGUGGGAAAGUGUUUAAUAAGAUCUGCUUCCUUGUUCGACAUGAGCAGAUUCACUCUGGAGUGAAGCCCUAUGAAUGCACAGAGUGUGGGAAAACUUUCAGUAAGAGCUCACACCUCCUCCAGCACCAUAUGAUCCACACAGGGGAGAGACCCUAUGAGUGCAUGGAGUGUGGGAAG